CCCAUCCUGUCCCAUCCUGUCCCAUCCUGUCCCAUCCUGUCCUAUCCUAUCCUAUCCUACGAUAGUCACCUACGAUGCCUGAAGUCCCAGCUUUAACUAGGUGACAUAAAUUCGUACAUACAGUCAGUAGCAUAUAUCCAUACAUAUAUGUAUAUUUCUCCAAGCACACCGUCUUUUCAUCAUACGACCCCGCAGAAUUUCGACAUGAUCUGGGCGCUGUAUUGCCCACACUUCCUAGGAGCUUAAUCCAUUUCCAUAUCCAUUCAACUACCUUGUACUGUACUACCCAGUCCACCCGGUUCGAUCCACAUUCAACACGAUUUACUUUUGGCUGGGGAUGCGUCAACCAUGGCAGCCGAUCCCAAGAUCGUACCCGUCAGACAAGAUAUGCCCCAUUCUCGACGAGUCGCUACAGCUCCCGUUACCUUUCCAUCUUCUCAAUCUUCCUCUUCCUCCUCAACCGUCCCACCUUCUAACUCGCCACAAUCCGAAGGCUUGGUAGAGACUCUUUAUAGUCACCCUUCUGUCAAGAUCAUUGCUUUUACAGCCACUCGCCGCGGAUCCUCAUUCUCCACCACCGAGGAUCGACCAGGUACCUUACCAGCUUCGUCCCGACUUGAGAGAACCAUCGCUGUUGGCCAGUUAAGCCUCUAUCGCGCCCCCAAGUCCGUCGCCUUCCUGAGUUGUGGCUCUGCCCUACAGCCCAUAUUACCUAAGAGCCAGUGUUGGUGUAUCGACGAGGAUAACAGCAGAUUCGUUUUGCAAAUACGCCGACCGCAGUUCUGGAGAAUCGAACUUCCUGUGUCCGAACCCGACGAUCAAGACCGCGCUUCAUUACUGAGGGAUGUUCUCGACAGAGUCUUACAAUUUGAGAAGACAGAGUGUCCUUUUGAGAGGAGCUUCACUGUAGAACUGCCGGAGCAACAGGAAACCCCCAAGAAACCUUGGACUCCCGAAGGCAAAAACUUGCUAUCAUCCCCCUUUUUCUCGCUACACACAUCGCAAGCAGCAGCAAGGCUAUUCGGCAAAGAUAGGCGGGCCAGUAUUUCUGCAGACGAGAUCGAUGGUCACUACGAUACCGACUGGCAGAACCUAGAACAGUACAGAUCUAGAUUUGAAGAAUCUAUAGUUGAUGAAAGAGAAGAAGAUAGUGCCCAAAGACCUAGAGUACCAGUAGACAUCCCGAGCUUCCUCUUGGCAAACCACGACGAUCAGAACCAGUUGGCGCGCAUGGACGCAACAUCUUCAAAUACCCGCAGGAAGGUCAAUUCCGUGUCACGACCAGCAACCGUCUCUCGGGAUAGCGUCAGAGACAACAACGUUACACCUAGUCGCGCGCAGCCUACCAAGAUGGUCGAAGAAAAGGAACUCGACUCUAUUGAUGAGCCGAAUUCGUUUGAGGGAUCCGGUCGUGUCGCUCCCAUAAAUCUUUCGAAGAAGCGAAUGAGUCGGGCGUUGGCUGGCCGCGCCUAUACUGCUCGGGCCUACACUGCUCCGCCCCAUUUAUCUACCGUAAAUCCGCCCCCCUCGUCUGAAUCCAAGGUGUUGCCAGACACUGCUGCGCAACUCCAACCUCCACAAGCUUCGCAGCCUGCCAUAUCGGAACGAAACUCGCCGGUUGUCUCUACCGAGUCGUUUCAUAGUGUACAGUCGUGGAACUCGACAGUGAACCCCUUACCUCCAUCCCCGCCAGCAUCACGUCCAGUAACGCCGUCGAUCCCGCCAUUCCCAUCACCACACGAAGAUGUUCCUCAUCAAUUAACAAAUGCAAGCGACACCCUAGUCAACAUGAAUUCCCCCGAUACGAAUAGAACGCUAGCUCAGAGUCCUGCGAGCGCUACAGAGCGUAGUGAUGAGGCGCCUUCGCCCGUGCCGCAGUCCCCCGCUGAUAGUGAAGACUAUCAUACCAAUCCGGCCUCGGUUGAUAGCUCCUCGAGGGUAUCGUACCCAUCCGCAUUGGAAGAGCGCCCGGAGCCUCGGCAACGACCGCGACCCAGACCGAAUAGUCUCUCUAUCAGCCGACGUGCGCUCUCACCGCUGCCGUCCGCCGCCAAUUUCUUCUCGUCGCCGCCUCCUAGACAACCCCCGCAGAGUCGCAUAGCUGCUGUUCGUCGGCUACCAGGUGUGAUUGUGCAAAAGACAGUAGAGAUAUUCCUUGGCCCACCUAGCUAUCUCUUGGACCUCAUGCUGAAAGUUGCUGCCAAGAUUGCUGCGGGCGAGUGGCGAGGCAUCGUGUUUGGCUUCGGCGAAAGAGGUGAGAAGAUCCCGGUCCAGUGGGACUACUCCGACGGUGAGUUUAGCAGUUGGAGUGACGACGAAGACUACGCUAUGGCGAGAUGUAAGCAGAGUAGCAAUAGCAGUAGCCAAGACAGCAUUACGCAGACAACUAGUCGGGGUCAACGCCGUUCCAUGAGAGCAGAGGAUAGCCGCGGCUGGGAAGUGGAUUGAUAAAGGUGCCUACUGGGCAACUACUGGGUAAACUACGACUUGUACUAUAUAACAUAUCGAUUUUAAUGAGGGGUUGGUUGGUUGGCUGGUUGGCUGGUUGCAUGGUCUACUGCAUAUGUAGGAGAAGGAGGACUCACGAAUAAGACGGAAUGACGAUCAACAAUACUAAGACCUCCGCGUCAGAUCGGAUGUGUAUGGAGGACGCUGUCGUACCUUGGAAGGCAUCGCCCUGCGCACAAGUGCUAAUUCAUGAACCUAACGAUGGGGGUAUUCAUAUUAGUUGUAUUAUUAUAAGUGGGAAAGUUGCCAUCAGGGUUGGCAACGAUAUGCUAUUUAAUAGUUCAAGUUAGGUCAGGUAUAUAGCUUGCAUAUAAAGUCUCUGCUGUUUUAAACCAAAAAAAGCAAAAAAAA